AUGCUGUCAUCCCUAGGGAAUCCGCGACAAUCGCUCGCGCAAGUACUCAAUUUCGCACUGGUCCUGUCCACGGCCUUUAUGCUCUGGAAGGGUCUUUCGGUGUUUACUGCGUCCAGCUCUCCCAUUGUGGUCGUCCUGUCGGGCUCUAUGGAGCCUGCCUUCCAGCGAGGCGAUCUUCUAUUCCUGUGGAAUCGCAGCCCCCGGGCCGAACUCGGUGAGAUCGUGGUCUACAAUGUGAAAGGAAAGGACAUCCCGAUCGUGCAUCGCGUUGUGCGCACGUAUCCGGAGGUGGAGGGCCGGGCGAAGAAGGUCAAGGAGAUUUCUGAGUCCUCACCCGCGCCGAACAAUAUGCUUCUCACCAAGGGCGACAACAACAUCGCCGACGAUACCGAGCUGUAUGCGCCCGGGCAGGACUACCUGAACCGCGAGGAGGACAUUGUGGGCAGUGUGCGAGGGUAUAUACCUAUGGUUGGAUACGUGACGAUCAUGUUAAGCGAGCAUCCGUGGUUGAAGACGGUGCUGCUGGGUAUAAUGGGGUUGAUGGUGAUGUUACAGCGGGAAUAG